UGCGGGGAAAUGACGUGGCCACCCUCGCGCGCUCGCUGAGCCCCCGAGCCGCGCGUCCUGGUAACGGCGCUCGGCGGCUCCCGCGUCCCCGGACCCGCCUCCCGCCGCUGCAGCCCGCCCCGUCUCCGCCUCCCUCCGCAGCCCCGGCGGCCGCGGAGUCUCGGGGCCCGGUGGCCGCUUCUUGCGGGACGCUAGCCGCGACGUCGCCAAGCCGAGGCAGGGGGACGCGGCUGUUGCGGGCGGGCAGGGGGCUGCUGGCUGCGGGACUGGAGGGCACGGGCCGGCGGGUCGGCAAGCGGUCGCCCGGGCUGUCGCCUGUCCCGUGUCGUCGCCGCGCCGGCCUCGCCCCGCGCGCAGGGACAGGUGCCCCGGCUGGGGUCUGCCGGGAAGAUGGCGACCCCGGGCAUGAGCUGGCAACAUCACUAUUACGGUAGCUCCACGUCCGGGCCGGCCAAAUUCGCGACCUCCCCAGCUGCCGCUCAGCUGGCAGGGCACAACAUGGACUACAGCCAGGACAUGCACCUGAAAAUGAGCAAGAAGAUCGCCCAGCUCACCAAGGUAAUAUAUGCUUUGAAUACUAGAAAUGAUGAACACGAUGCUGCGAUUCAGGCCCUCAAAGAUGCCCAUGAAGAAGAAAUCCAACAAAUCCUUGCAGAAACAAGAGAAAAAAUACUGCUAUACAAAAGCAAGGUUACCGAAGAGUUAGACCUUAGGAGAAAGAUUCAAGUUUUGGAAGCGUCUUUAGAAGAUCACAUGAAAAUGAAGCAGGAGGCUUUGACCGAGUUUGAAGCCUAUAAGCGCAGAGUUGAGGACAUGCAGCUUUGUGCAGAGGCCCAGCAUGUUCAGCGCAUAGUAACCAUGUCCCGGGAGGUCGAAGAGAUUAGGAAGAAAUUCGAAGAAAGGUUGCGGAGCUUUGGGCAGCUCCAGGUUCAGUUUGAAAAUGACAAACAGGCGGCUCUGGAAGAUCUGAGAACCACUCACAGGCUCGAAGUCCAAGAGCUGUUGAAGUCACAGCAGAACCACAGCUCCUCCGUGAAACUGGGGCAAGAGAAAGCUGAGGGACUGCACAGGAUGGAGGUGGAGGCCUUGAACAACACGGUCAAGGAGCUGAGACUCGAAAAGAAACAGCUCAUCGAGGAGUAUGAGGGCAAGCUGAGCAAGGCCCAAGUGUUUUAUGAGCGUGAGCUUGAUAACUUGAAAAGGUCACAGCUCUUCACAGCCGAAAGCUUGCAGGCCAGCAGGGACAAGGAGGCCGAUCUUCGCAAAGAGUUCCAGGGACAAGAAGCCAUUUUACGAAAAACCAUAGGAAAACUGAAGACAGAGCUGCAGAUGGUGCAGGAUGAAGCUAGCAGCCUUCUUGACAAAUGCCAAAAGUUGCAGAUGGCUCUGGCCACAGCAGAGAACAAUGUACAGGUUCUUCAAAAACAGCUUGAUGAUGCCAAGGAGGGAGAAAUGGCCUUGUUAAGCAAGCACAAGGAAGUGGAGAGCGAGCUAGCAGCUGCCCGGGAGCGAUUGCAAGAGCAAGCUUCAGAUCUUGUUCUCAAAGCUAGUCAUAUUGGAAUGCUUCAGGCAACUCAGAUGACCCAAGAAGUUACCAUUAAAGAUUUAGAAUCAGAAAAAUCCAGAGCCAACGAGCGAUUGUGUCAGCUGGAAGAGGAAAGAGCUUUUUUGCAGAGCAGAACGCAGAGUCUGGAUGAAGAACAGAAGCAGCAGGUGCUGGAGCUGGAGAAGAAAGUAAAUGAAGCAAAGAGAACUCAGCAAGAAUAUUACGAAAUGGAGCUUAAGAACCUGCAAAAUCGAUUGGAAGGAGAGGUGGCUCAGUUAAACGAGGCCCAUGGGAAGACUUUGGAAGAAUUAGCUCGGAAGCACCACAUGGCGAUUGAAGCUGUCCAUAGCAAUGCAAGCAGAGAUAAGAUAAAGCUACAGACGGAAUUGGAGGAACAAUAUAAAAAGGAGAAACUGAGUCUGGAAGAGGAUAAAAAUCAGCUCCAACUAGAGCUGGAAAGUCUAAAGCAAGCUCUGGGAGACAAGCUGACUUCAGCCAAUCAGGAGAUUGGCCGCCUCCAGGAUCUCGUAAGGAAGAGUGAACAAGGUCUCGGCUCUGCCGAAGGACUCAUUUCUAGUCUUCAGGAUUCCCAGGAAAGGCUUCAGAGUGAGCUGGACCUGACAAAAGGCAGGCUGAAGGAGACCAAGGAUGCCCUAUUAAAUGUUGAGGCUGAGCUACAACAAGAACGUCAUGAGCAUGAGCAGACGCUGGCCACCAUGAAGGAAGAAGAGAAGCUGAGGGUGGACAGAAUGGCCCAUGACCUGGAGAUCAAGUGGACUGAAAAUCUUAGACAAGAGUGCUCCAAGCUUCGCCAGGAGUUGAGGCUUCAACACGAAGAAGAUAAAAAGUCUGCCAUGUCUCAACUGUUGCAGCUGAAAGAGAGAGAGAAAAAUGCCGCCAGGGACUCAUGGCAGAAGAAGGUGGAAGAUCUCUUAAACCAGCGGCACUCUCUGGGUGAAGCUUUGCAUAAGUCUAUCAACAAUAUCUCCCUGCUGAAGCAGAACCUGGAGCUGCAGCUUUGCCAGUCCCAGACGUCUCUGCAGCAGCUGCAAGCGCAGUUCACGCAAGAGCGCCAGCGACUCACGCAGGAGCUGGAGGAGCUGGAGGAGCAGCAUCAGCAGAGGCACAAGUCCCUCAAAGAAGCACACGUCCUCGCGUUCCAGACCAUGGAAGAAGAGAAGGAAAAGGAGCAAAGGGCUCUGGAGACUCACUUACAGCAAAAGCAUUCUGCAGAGCUGCAGUCACUGAAAGAUGCGCACCGAGAGUCGAUGGAGGGCUUCCGCGUGGAGAUGGAGCAGGAGCUUCAGACACUCCGGUUUGAGUUAGAAGACGAGGGCAAGGCUAUGCUUGCUUCCUUGCGUUCUGAACUAAACCAUCAACAUGCGGCUUCCAUUGAUUUAUUACGGCAUAGUCACCAUCAAGAACUGGCAGCAGCUAAGAUGGAAUUAGAGAGAAGCAUAGACAUCAGCCGCAGGCAGAGUAAGGAGCACAUGUGUAGGAUAAGCGAUCUGCAGGAGGAGCUGAGGCACCGGGAGCACCACAUCACAGACUUGGAUAAGGAGGUCCAGCACCUCCAUGAAAACAUAAAUACCCUAACGAAAGAACUGGAACUCAAGGGGAAAGAGAUUCUCAGAGUACGGAGUGAAUCCAACCAGCAAAUGAGGUUGCAUGAACAAGAUUUAAACAAGAGACUUGAGAAAGAGCUGGAUGUCAUGACAGCAGACCACCUCAGAGAGAAAAAUAUCAUGCGGGCAGAUUUUAAUAAGACUAAUGAGCUACUCAAGGAAAUAAAUGCAGCUUUACAAGUGUCACUAGAAGAUAUGGAAGAGAAGUAUCUAAUGAGAGAAUCAAGGCCAGAAGAUAUACAGAUGAUUGCAGAAUUAAAAUCCCUGAUAACAGAACGAGACCAGGUCAUAAAGAAACUCAUUGAGGAUAAUAAAUUUUACCAGCUGGAAUUAGUCAAUCGAGAAACUAACUUCAACAAAAUAUUUAACACAAGUCCUACUGUUGGUGUUAUUAACCCAUUGGCUAAGCAAAAGAAGAAGAAUGAUAAGUCAGCAGCAAACAGGUUUGUGAGUGUUCCCAACCUCAGUGCUCUGGAAUCCAGUGGCAUGGGCAAUGGACAUCCUACCCGCCUGGAACCCAUUCCCAAUUCUCCAGCCCAUGAUGUUGAGUUCAACAGCAACAAGCCUCUUCCACAGCCUUUGCCACCCAAAGAGCCCAAGACAUUUUUGAGGUAUCAGUAAGAUGCAUGUGCAUGAACUCAAGCAACGUGACCGCUGGACUUUCCAUAGCACAUUGUUGCGUGCCUUGUAAUUCCCCCAGAGACGGUAGGGAUGCUUUUGUUUUCUUAAGUAGCCCAAAGAACCUUAGGUAGUUAGAAUUAAGAUGUUAGAGCUUACAAAGUAAAAUGAAAACUAGGCGUUAAUGCACUCUUUGACGUAUCUGAUAGAAUGCUGGAAGCUUAAUGUAAAUAUGCAAAUACUAGAGAGAACUAUACUUUGAUUUAGUUUAGCUCUAGUGAAGAGUGCACAUAGGAGAAUCAACCCCUGUGUCAGGUUCUGAUCAUUUUAAAGGGGAAAGUUGCCCAAAGGGGGGACACUAUUUUGUUUGCUUUCCUCUCCCACAAACACUCAGUCUUUCAAACCUCAAAGAUGAAACUGUUGUUUUUGCCAGUCGUUUACUUUUUGGAUCCUAGCUAGAAUAACUGACGUGGCUCCUCUGUCACAGAGUUCAUGUGAGCUGCCACUGGAACUCUGGUCAGAGGAAGCACCCUAAUGCAGAGUAGCCAGCCCUUCCAUCCAGUUCUGACGUGGGGUACCAGUUGUGGAAAUCAACGCUUGUAUUUAAUUGCUUUCCCAUUGCUUUGCAAACUAUUUAAUCCUGGGUUACAUGUCUCUCUUUUUAUGAAUUCAGUCCUCCUCAGAGUGAAGCUUCCCCAGUGGCUUCUCCAGACCCCCAGCGCCAGGAGUGGUUUGCCCGGUACUUCACAUUCUGACUGAAUUUUGCUGGCACAGCUCUGUGUGGACUGUUCCAAGAGCAUGACUGCAUAGGAAUCAUUAUGUGGACAGGCCUUUCUAUGUAAAACACUGUGAAUGAGAAAGUGUUUGUCUCUCCGAUUUGAAAAUGCACUGUAUUCCCUGUGAUAUUUAUUGGAAUCACUCUCUGAGGUACUAUAUUAUGUGUGUAAUUAUAACAAUUAUUUUUAUUUUAGAUGGAAGUCUUAAUCUUUGUAAUUACUGCAUAAUAAAUUUUGUUAGAACAAAUGUUUUUCGUGGUUGUUUUCUAUCAAGUGUGCUUUAAACACUUUUUAAUACCAGGUAUAAGACUUGUCAAUAAGUUUUACUGCACUAAUGAUCAUAAAUUGUUACUUCAAGAGUCUUAAUAUCAAUAUAGGGAAAUUUAUUAUUAUCUUACAUUGUUGUGUAUAAUUCUAACUAUAUAAUUGUUAACAUUUAUAAAUCCAGAAUAAAAGAAUUUAUGUAAAUUGUGUACUUCCAAGUAUAUGAAUUCUUGUUGGUUUGUAGCUUUUUCUUUUUUGAUUCCAAUAGAUGAGAUGUAAACCUUCAAUAAAGUUAGUAUCUAUGAGUAAUAUUA